AUGGAGAAGACAGAUACAGCUGAGGUGCUGGAUGUGUCGCAAUGGCCGACGGCGGCGAAGUUUGUCUCUCGGUGUUGCGAGUUUUUGAAUGAGGUGCAAGAUUUAACACCCGGUAAAGACUUGGAGACGCGACUCAAUCAGCAGUUCGGACCUGGCAAUCAGUACUACGAAGACUUCUGUUCCCAUAUCAAACAGGGUCUCGAAGAAGGAUGGUAG